AAAUCUUCACAAGAUCCGGAUGGCGGUUAUUCAAUUUUAGGUGUCUUAAUUUUUAAAUUAUGAAUUAAAUCAUGUAGCGAUUUAACCGUGGAAUAUCUGUUAAUUUUGAUGUUGAAACUCUGAGCCUAUUUGAUUAUUAUUUAGCAAUGGAAUUAGAAUAAAAAAAUGAAGCAGAAAAUCAAUCUUCUUUGCAUACUGGGAUAAACAUAACAAAAAAUGUAAGCUGUAGUAACAAAGUGGUGCGUUUUCUAAAUCGUGUUUAAAAUCAAUAUUCGAUAAAAAAAUGGCUAUAGAUACGGAAAUAACACCGAUUCAAAGUUUCGAAAUAACACCUGAAACUUUGGAAUUUACUACUGGUGCGGAUACAAGAAAUAUCGGAAUCAAACAUUUUUUAUGUCUCCGACGAACGCUUCCGAAAACACGCCUUUCUCAGGCGAUCUUGUACGAAAAUGUCAGUUACAGACGACAACUUUCCAUGAAAAUGGAAUCAAUGCAGAAGGACAGAGUCAGGAACGCUCAGGUGCUUGAAUCUAACAUGCGAGCGUUCAGACAAGCUCAGAAACGGAAACAGCAAAAAUGGAAGCGAGUAGACGAAAUUCGACUUUCCAACAUGAACUUACCUACUGUUCACCUAAAGAGCGAGGAAGAACGCCCUAAAAGUUGUAAAAUAAUGUACAGGAUGUCAGAGUUUAAGCCUGAAGGAGAAAAACAAGAGGUUCAACAACCGGUUCUUCCGAAAAUGAAUUUGACUGUUCGGCGUGAACAAACUGAAAUUAUAACUCAUAGGGAAAAAACUUUUAUGACACGAUUCCCUGAAAUAAUUAAUAUCGAUCAGGCCCUUCUGGAUAGACAUAACAACUAUUGCGGGAAACAUCUGUUGGAGGAGGGUGGGUCGGGUCAAGAUGGACGCUUCAGCAGAUUUGUUGGCGCAUUAUCGCCCGCCAAAGUCGAUCCAGAUGACUAUCCGGUUGAAAACCUGAAAUCUUAUAGUCGUCUGCAUAAGUAUGAUCCUUCCAAGGACGACAGGCAGACUCCGCGAUCUGCAAGAAUUGUACCCAAAUCUCACCAGCAGAAUCUGAAAGAUGAAGUUGAAAAGAGAUUCGAAGCUAUUAAAUCUCGCGAUAACACGUUUUACGAAGACGAGAAUGAGCCCUCUACAGAUCGAUCGAAGUUAGGGACAUCGAGACAGACCGGCCGAUUUCAGAAAAGAGGUACGUAAAAUGUAAAGUCGUCUGCAGUAUUACUAUGAAGCGGGUAAAAACAGAGCCUAACUAGUGCUGUUGCUUUGAAGGGAACUCUACUGUAGAGCCGAACAUUUCAAAAUGGACCGCGUGUGACUUAUUUUAAAGGAUGUUGACCAACUACGGAAAACAAUGUGCAACGGAGAUGGUCUGAAAAGAUGUGACCAAAAAAAUACAAGAAAUGCUAGUAAACAAAAUCACGCCAGUGUUAAGUCAUGUGUCAGUAACUGUAAAUAAUGGCAUUUGAAUCCUCGCAAUUUUCUUCUUGUUUCGCUUUAUUUAUUUUAUCACUUGAUGAUUCAGACGAAGAUUUUUAUAAUUGCAAAUAAAUGCAUUUUAGUUUCGUUCGAUUUGCAAUUUCUAUACUCAGUUUUAUGAAGAAAUUACUUAACAUAAGAGAAAAUAUUUUGUUAAUGAAGAGUAAUUAUUCGAAAACAAAAUUCUGCCAACACAUGUAGCUUUUGAUAUGAUAUUUUAUAGUGAAAGUAUAAAGUGAUGUCCUAUUUUUGUUAAGAAAAUAUAAAUAAAUGUUUAAAACGCA